AUGGUACACCAGAAUACUACGGGCAACCCGCUAAGCUCGGGUUCGCUCGCGCUGUUCAUGGCAACGUCGCUACCAAAAGGCGAAUCUUCACAGCUCAAGAAUGGCACCGAAGCCGUCGCACUAGCAGUACACGCCGGCAUGCUUGCUGUUGGCUUCCGCCUGAUCGGGCUGGGCGAAGACGAGCGCAUAGAAGCGCACGCAGACGCCGAAAACCCAGAGUCGUUACCGAAAGAAUGGAAUGCGUCAUCCUCAUACGCUUUCAGAUACGCCCACGCGCAGUCAGCCAUGGAGUACCUCGUCAAGGUCAAUAGGUUGGGAGGCAAAGCUGUCGUAUACGCUCUCGCGCUCGGCGAUGACAAGACCACACAUUUCGAAGUCACGACCAAGGACUACAUAUCCGAAUCACAAUUACCAUUCAGUGUGUCUGAAGAUACAUCAACGGAGCAGGUGUCGGAGAAGGUGCAAGAGCUGUUCAUCUCGCCAGGCAGGCUGAACGACCUCGGCUCGCUCCUCAAGAUAUCUGUUAUACAGAAGCUGGCACCCGGGCUUAACAAGCCAGGCUACGAGGAGGGCAACACCGACCGCGAGCGCACCCCUACAGCGGAUCGGCAAGAACCACAACGAGGGGGACCUGCCAACCCACGGCAGCCCCCCACUGAACCGGAGCCCGCACGACCAUACCCUUUCAACGAUCCUCUCGCCGCACAGCCAGGCUUGGGGCGGCAUCUACCAGAACCCAUACCCGGCUUUGACGACGAGUUGGGCAUGAACAGACAGCCCGGUCGCAUGCCCGGUAACAACCCCAUCAACAUUGGGCAUGACGAUUUAUAUCCACAGGGUCUCGGACCUAAUGAUCCCCUUCGGCCACACCUAGCAGGAGGGCUGCCACGACCUGGCGGUUUUGGCGGCGGCGGGAUGCAUCCCACAUUCGAUGAUCCGCUGUUUCGCGGUCAAGGCGGACAAGGUGGAUAUGAUCCCAGAGCACCUCCGGGGGCGCGUUACGACCCUCUAGGACCAGGCGAUCCGUUUAGAGAGGACAGAGGAAGAGGUCUCAUGUUCCCAGGCGGGGGCGGGUUUGGAGGGCCAGGUGGUUUUGGCGGAGCAGGUGGACGACCACCGAAUCCAUUCGGUGGCUUUGGUGAUGGAGACUUCAUCUGA